AUGGAGGUUGAGCUCCCGCUGCCGUUCCUCGUCAGCGUCGCCGUCCCUCCGGGAUUGGCCAAUCUUGAGGGCCUUUCUCGCGAGGAGGUCUCAAUUCUUGGCUGUCCCUUCCUCGAUGCUAAGCCGCAGCUCCUCGAAAAGUUUGCCAAGUUCUUCAGCCGUCACAGCGCCGAGUUCCAAGCCCACCUCGAUGCCACAGCCCUGGAGCAAGACGAUGUGCUUGGCUUGCUCGACCGCGGUGCCAAGCGAGUCUUUGUAACCCCCGAGUCGCUCCCUCAGUAUACCGAGCUGGGUGACCGCGUGCUUCCCGUUGUGUCCACUCCGGAUCUGUCUGCCGCCUCGGAGCACGGUCUGCUCGUCCGCGACUUCGACCCCAAGACCUGGGACGUGACCAAGUUCAUUGCCGAUUCGCAAGCAACAAAAGUAAAGGUUCUUUAUAUCAAGCCCAUCGAAGGCGCUUCGCUGCAGGAAUUUCUCGAGAUUGCCCAGAAGAGCAACGCCGUGCCCAUCCUGCCCUCUACUGGUCUGACCACCGACAAGGCGGAUACCAGUAAGCUGCUCCUUUCCAAGGUUCUUUCUAGUCAAUGGAAGUCGGACCGUCCCGAUGGUCUCGUACCUACUGUCGUUACCGAUGAGACUGGUAUUUCUCUCGGCCUUGCCUACACUAGCGAAGACAGCAUCCUCGAGGCUCUUCGCACGCAGACUGGCGUUUACCAGAGCAGGAAACGAGGUCUUUGGAUCAAGGGAGCCACCUCGGGAGACACACAAGAGCUCGUUCGCAUUGCUCUCGAUUGCGAUAACGACACGCUCAAGUUUGUUGUUAAGCAAAAGGGUCGUUUCUGUCACCUACAGCAAUUUGGCUGCUUUGGAAACCUUGGUGGCGUCGCGGCCCUCGAACAGAUAUUGGUUUCUCGCAAAGAGUCCGCUCCCGAGGGCUCUUAUACUGCUCGCCUCUUCUGCGAUGAGAAGCUCCUGCGGGCCAAGAUUAUGGAAGAGGCUGAAGAGCUCUGUGACGCCAAGACACAGGAGGAAGUCGCCUUUGAGGCUGCCGAUCUGAUAUACUUUGCCCUGACCAAGGCUGUCAGUGCCGGUGUGAGCCUGGCUGAUGUUCAGGCUAAUCUGGAUGCCAAGAGCCUCAAAGUCAAGAGACGCCCGGGCAAUGCCAAGGGCAAAUGGGCUGAGAAGGAGGGCAUCGUUAAUCCAGCUGCUUCUGCUUCUGCUUCUGCUCCAGCUAAGCCAGCUCCCGCCCACGAAGCUACUCCUACCAGUGACCGCAUCCUCAUGCAGCGAGUGGACUCUGCUUCUGUUUCCAAUUCGGACCUGCAAAAGACGCUUCAGCGCCCGUCACAAAAGUCACCCGAGGCUAUUCUCAAAAUUGUCGUCCCCAUCAUCGAAGAGGUCCGCAAAGGCGGCGACAAGGCUCUGCUCUCUUACACCCACAAGUUCGAAAAGGCUACUUCCCUCACGUCCCCAGUCAUCAAGGCGCCUUUCCCAUCCGAACUCAUGAAACUCUCCCCGGAUACUAUCAAGGCCAUUGACACCUCUUACGACAAUAUUCGCAAAUUCCAUGCCGCGCAGGCCGAGGACAAACCCCUCAGCGUUGAAACAAUGCCUGGCGUCAUUUGUGGCCGCUUCUCGCGCCCCAUUGAGCGUGUAGGCCUGUACGUCCCUGGCGGCACUGCCGUGCUGCCUAGCACAGCUCUCAUGCUCGGUGUCCCCGCCAUGGUUGCCGGCUGCGAGAAGAUUGUUAUCGCUUCUCCUCCUCGCUCUGAUGGGAGCAUUUCUCCUGAGAUUGUCUAUAUUGCCCACAAGGUUGGUGCUGAGAGCAUCGUUCUCGCCGGUGGCGCGCAGGCCGUCGCAGCCAUGGCCUACGGAACCGAAAGCGUUAGCAAGGUUGACAAGAUUCUUGGUCCGGGCAAUCAGUUUGUCACUGCUGCCAAGAUGCACGUCAGCAACGACACCAACGCCGGCGUCAGCAUCGACAUGCCCGCUGGUCCCUCCGAGGUGCUCGUUGUGGCCGACAAGGAUGCCAACCCCGCCUUUGUCGCUUCCGAUCUUCUCUCACAGGCCGAGCACGGUGUCGACAGCCAAGUGAUUCUGCUGACUGUGGACCUCUCCGAGGCACAGCUCAAGGCUAUCGAGGACGAAGUGCACAACCAAGCCAUGGCCUUGCCGCGCGUCGACAUUGUGCGCGGCUCGAUCAAGCACUCAGUGACUGUGACCGUCAAGACUAUCGAGGACGCCAUACGCAUCAGCAACGACUACGCGCCCGAGCACCUGAUCCUGCAAGUCAACGACGCAGCCAAGGUUGUCGACAAGGUCGUCAACGCUGGCAGCGUCUUUAUCGGCGAAUGGACUCCCGAGAGCGUUGGCGACUAUUCUGCCGGUGUCAACCACUCACUACCAACCUAUGGCUUUGCCAAGCAAUACUCGGGCGUCAACCUCGCCUCCUUCAUGAAGCACAUUACCUGCGCCAACCUCACCAGCCAGGGUCUGCGCAAUGUCGGCUCCGCCGUCAUGCAGCUCGCGGGUGUCGAGGAGCUUCACGCGCACAAGAGAGCCGUAGAGAUUCGUCUCAAGUGGUUGAAUGAGCAGAAGCAGUAA